AUGUCGUUCUUUGGCGGCGGUGGCUUCGGCCAGAAUACUAACACAGGCACCGGCUUUGGCUCGAGUGGCUUCGGCACCAACACCCAGACCACUGGCACAGGUUUCGGCACAGGUACUACUGGAUUCGGUGCCCCCGCGCAAACAGGCACCACCGGCGGUGGCCUCUUCGGCAGCGGCGCGACCGGCACUGCUGGCGGCUUCGGCAGUAACACAGCGGGCGGCUUUGGCACUGGCGGCGGAUUUGGAGCUAAGCCUGCCUUCGGAGCUACCCCUUCGACCACCGGCGGAGGUCUCUUUGGAGCUUCCACGACUGCGACUACCGGCUCUGGCUUCGGCAGCACAGGCUUUGGCUCGAAUACCGCGACCACCGGCACAGGGUUCGGAUCUGGUGGUGGUUUGUUCGGCGCUAACAAGCCUGCGACCACCACCGGCUUUGGCGCUCCCGCAACUACUACUGGCUUCGGCGCCACCAACACCACCGGCGGCUCUCUCUUUGGCGGCGGCGGUACUACCAGCGCCUUCGGUUCCGCCAACAACCCCGGCAUCGGCACUAAUGUUCCCGACCCCCCGGGCACGGCUGCCGUUCCCUUCACUCCCUUCCAAGAGAAGGAAGCUAACGGGUCCCAAGUCUCGUUCCAGAACAUCUGCUUUAUGGAUGCUUACAAGAAGUGGUCCCCCGAAGAAUUGAGAUUGGCCGAUUAUCAGCAAGGAAGGAGAUACGGUGGUCAGGGCGGCACUGGUGCUUUCGGAACCUCUGCCUUUGGAUCGACUGGAUUCGGCGCCAACACUGGCACGACUGGCGGUUUCGGCAGCGGCACCACCACCACCGGCGGCGGUCUGUUCGGCAGCGGUAAUACUGGCACGACGGGUGGCUUCGGCUCUUCGACCACGGCGAAUACUGGAGGCUUCGGCUCUCAGACGACGACGGGAGGUGGUCUUUUCGGUCAGCAGAACAAGCCCGCUACUGGUGGUCUUUUCGGAGCGAGCACGACGACUCCUGCCACCGUUACUGGUCUCUUUGGUAGCGGAGGUACAACGGGAGGAUUUGGCUCCAACACUGGCACGGCGACCACCGGCUUCGGUCAAAACACUGCUACUACUGGCGCCGGUCUCUUUGGACAGCAGGCUGCUAAGCCUGCUGGCUUCAGCUUCGGAAACACUGGUGCUACCACCACCACUGGCACGGGCUUCGGUACUGGUACAACUGGCGGGUUUGGAACCAACACCGCUACCCAGAACACUGGCGGUGGUCUGUUCGGAACUGCUCAACAGAACACCGGCGCUACCGGUGGUGGCCUCUUCGGUACCCAGCAACAAACUCAACAGCAACCCGCAACCACGGGCUUUGGUGGUGGCUUUGGUACUCAGCAGCCUGCUACAGGAGGCGGUUUGUUCGGCACCGCUAACAACCAGGCGAAGCCCGCAGGCGGUCUUUUCGGCAGUGGCACUACUACUACUCCUGCUACCGGUGGUGGUCUCUUUGGCACUGGCGGGGCCACGGGUGGUUUCGGCCAGCCGAACAACACUCAGGCUUCUGGAGGCUUGUUUGGUGCUAAGCCUGCGGCUACGACUGGUGGUCUUUUUGGAAGUGCCCCGGCUCAGCCUGCUGCCACUGGUGGACUUUUUGGCAGCCUCGGUACUCAGCAGACUCAGCAGCCUGCUACUGGAGGCGGCUUGUUCGGCACUGCCAACAACCAGGCGAAGCCCGCGGGUGGUCUUUUCGGCUCGGCUCCCGCUGCUGGCGGUGGCCUCUUCGGUAGUGCCCCCGCCCAGCAGAGCACCGGCUUGUUUGGAUCCACCAACACUCAGCAGCAGGCUGGUGGUCUUGGAACCUCUCUUCUCGGAGGCGCCCAGAACCAGCAAGCUCCUCAGGCCUUCUCCGCGGGUAUCAACGAUAUCAACGCCUAUGGCGCUGCCACGUUGUUCUCUAACCUGCCUGAUAACCAGAUUCAGAACCCUGGUCCUCUCGCCACCCCCCUCAACGGCACCUCCAAGGCCAAGAGCCGCUCGAUCCUGCCCAUGUACAAGCUGAGCCCGGCAAAUGCCUCUCGGAUGGUUACGCCCCAGAAGAGGGGUUUCGGGUUCAACUACAGCACCUAUAACUCCCCGGUUAGUACCCCCGGCGGUUUGGGACAGAGUCUUUUGGCUGGUAGCAUCAACCGCGGUCUUGGAAAGCCCGUCUCCACCACUAACCUCCGCCGUACCUUCAAUGCUGAGGACAGCAUCCUCACCCCCGGUGCUUUCUCGGCGAACAACAACAACCGUUUGCUUGGCUGCAGCCAUAAGAAGCUUGUCAUUAACAAGGACAUGCGCAGCGACUUGUUCCAGUCUCCGACAGCCAAGGGCAAGCUUCUCCAGGAUGGCAACAACACCAGUGCCCGUAAGCUGACCAAGAGAGUCAGCUUUGACACCAGCAACGUCGAGGCUACUCAGAAUGGUGCUGCUUCACAGCAGGAGUUCCACGAUCUUGACGAUGACAGUGACUUGGGCUUCCUGAAGCCUUCUUCUGCCAAUGGCCGCACUAACGGUGCUGUCAACGGCUCCAAGGCUUCUGAUGCCUCCCUUGAGAUGGAGCAGAUUAAGGGCAAUGAGCUUGCCAUUGUUCCCGAGGAGUCUUCUUUCGCGUCUUCAUCUACUGUUGACGCCAAGCCUGUCAAACAGGUCGAUGCCGGCUCUUACUGGAUGUCGCCCAAGCUGGAGGAGAUCCAGGCCAUGAACAGGGUGCAGCGCCAGAGCGUUGUUGACUUUACGGUUGGUCGUGAGAAUGUCGGAAGUGUCCGGUUCAAGGUCCCUGUUGACCUCAGCAACAUCGACGUCGAGAACCUGUAUGACAACAUUGUCCUCUUGGUGCCGCGCUCCUGCACCGUCUAUCCCAACGCCGCCACCAAGCCCCCGGUCGGCAAGGGCCUGAACGUCCCCGCGUUGAUCUCACUCGAGCACAGCUACCCUCGUGGCGGACUUCGCGUUGGCGGCCGUCGCCUUGAGAAACACAUCGAAAAGCUGAAGACGAUCACAGAUACCACCUUCGAGAGCUACGACAUUCCCACUGGUGUUUGGUCCUUCUCCGUUGAGCACUUCACCACCUACGGUCUCGUCGAUGACGAGGAUGAUUCCGAGGAUGAAGAUAUCACCGAGGUUGAGCCUACUCCCCGCCCUUCCACCGAGGCUGUUGUUGUUAAGAACGAAUUCACCUCGCCCGAAGUCGACCCCGAUGACACCUUCGAGUAUAGGCACAGCACCGGCCGCCGCGCCAUCCCUGGCGCCUUUGACCAGCGCGCCAUGUACGAUGAUGAAGAGCUUUUAGAUGCCGAUCAGCAGCAGGGUAUGCACUCCUCUCACCCCAAAGGAGCCGAUGCUCCGUUGCCGUCUCGGGAGUGGCCUGACGAUGAGAGUAUGGUGGAUGGACAGGACGCGUACGAUCCCGAUGAUGAGAAGUCAUCCCAGCUUGACCUCGACGAAGAGCAAUACGACCUCGCCCUCACCCAGAUUGCCGAUAACACCAACAACGUUCCCGCCGGUAUCCUCAGAGCGAGGAUGAGAGCCGUCAAGAGAUCGACAGCCCCUACUAAGAUCGAGGUUGCUGGUGGUGAUGAUUGGACACAGAUUCUGCAGGCGAGCGUGCGGGCGCCAAGGACGGUAGAUCGGAACUUGCUGCGGGAGCAGAACGAGUCGGGCGAGGCGUGGGAGGCCAAAGAGAGCGGGAGUCCUGCUCCCCGCGAGCCUGUUGUGCAUGAAGGACAAGGGUUCGCGACGAGCAUUGACUUGAUGAAGUCGCUUUUCGAGCAGGCAAGGGGCCCAGCUCAGCCUGCCCCUCCAUCAGGGGGUUUCCUGAAGUGGCCGUACCAAAAGCGCGAUAAGGUUGAUGACGAAGCCGCCGCCCCUGCUCCCCGUGCCACCUGGGGCCCCAACGAACUCUUGAUCACCACUGCCAAUGAUGAGGCUAGCCUUAUCCCCGUCGAGGGUAGUGCCUCUGCCUCAGAGACAAAGACAGCCCUCAAUAAGCUCCAGCAGUACAUUGAGAUCACUAACGCCAACCACGACGUUCCUCUGAAUGAACUUAAGGAUCUCACCGAGAACGACCCGGUCUGGGAUUUGGCGUUCCUUCUUGCUAAUGACGAGGCUGAACUGCCUGCUUUCUGGAAGAAGUUGGUUGCUGCGGAUACUGACCGCUUGCUUAAGGAGGCGCCUACUCCGGAGGAGAAGGCUAUCAUCCUUCUCGCCGGUAACCGCGUCUCUGAUGCCUGCGACCAGUUGAUUGGCGGCAAGGACUUCCGCCUCGCUACUCUUGUUUCCAGCAUCGGUUCCCAGACCAAGGACCUCAAGACCCAGUUGGAUGACUGGAGAGACUCGAAUGUCUUGUCUGAGAUGUCCGAGCCCAUCCGUGCUCUCUACGAGCUCCUCUCUGGCAAUGCCUGCGUUUGCGCUGGUGUUAAGAACGCCCCUAUCGAGAAUCGUGCUUCCUCUUUCACGAUCGCUGAGCGCUUCAACCUCACCUGGAUGCAAUCCUUCGGUCUGCGUCUCUUCUACAACAGCAAGACCGCCGAUGGUGAGCUCGACUUUGCCAAGGCCAUCAACUCUUUCCAGGACGACAUCGAGCAAGACAAAGAGCCUGAACCCGAGAGCCCCUUGUGGACUCUCCUUCAGACCUUCGCCACCCGCGAGUUCAACUGGGCGGAAUCCGACCGUCUCGGCUGGCUCCUCACCCGCUCCAUCUACUUCACCCACCUCUUCUCCUUCGGCCCCGACGCCGAGCAAAAGCUCGACCAGGCCUCCGUCUCCUUCGCCUCCUCACUCACCGCCCAAGGCCAUUGGGUUCCCGCCACUUUCGUCCUCCUCACGCUGUCCGACCCUGUCGCCCGUGAGACCGCCAUCCGCGACCACCUCGGCCGCCACGCCCACCUCAUCGGCUCCUACCACGAAGCCAAGUCCCCCUUCUCGGCCCUGCGCCGCUUCGGCGUCACCGAGUCCUGGAUCUGGGAAGCCAAGGCGCUCGACUUCCGCGCCAAGCAAGACCACCGCCAGGAGUUCCUGGCGCUCGUCUGGGCAGGCAACUACAAGGAGGCGAACACUGCCUUUGUCGAGCGCGUCGGUCCCGAUCUGGUCAUCGAGCGCGACUGGAAGAGGCUGGUCAAGUUUGCGCAGCUGUUGUUCAAGGUUAAGGGCAAGCUCGGCUCUGUUCAGGAAUGGGAACGUGGAGGAGCGGCGGUUUAUUUGCUUUAUCCGCUCAAGGUCGCGGCGUUGAGGAAUAAGUUGCCUCCUGGAGAGGACGAGGAGGAAGAGAGGAGGCUGGACAGGUUGUUGGUGGACGGACUGGUUGCGCUGGGUGAUAGGCUCAAGCAUGUUCCUGGUGCUUCGGGCGCGAGUGAUGUCAAGAGGGAGGCGGCGGUGGCGGAUAUGGCGGAGGAAUUGAUCAAGGGACGGGUGAACGGUCAGAGUGAGAUGGGUGGUAUGGGUGCGGAUCCGAGGUUGUUUGGGCUGUUGCCGGAGGAUGUGAGGGGGAGGUAUAUGAGGACUAUGGCGCUUGAGGGGAUGUGCUAA